GCCGGAUCUUUAUUACAAUAAGAAAGGCGAAAAUUACCUUAAUAAACAAAUAAAAAGUUAUUAUGGAAAUCGAAGGAUAUAGGAAAAUAAAUAUAGGUUGAGUUCAUAAGUUAUACACAAAUACUCUUUGUUACUCCGCAUUUAACAAUUAUUAAAGGAACUUUUAAAAAGUUAAAGAGAAAAAAAAAAUGAAGCUAAGAAAUCAAAUCAAAGCCAGAGGGCACCCGCUUUUCUAAGCAGAGGCACAAGAUCUCCGGCGAUAUGAGCGGCCAAAACCUUGUCCAAGUCACCGAAGAGCUUCCCGCCGACGAAAGCCGCCGGAAACAACGGCAUCUGCGCGGCGGGACCUCCAGUGUAGCUGCGAAUCCGGGAAAGCUGGUUGGCAAUGGCGACCUCGUCCUCCACAUCGACGUCAUAAAUGGCGGGGUUGGCGCCGAGGCCCAAGAGCAACCGCUGCAUGACGUAGCACAUCCAGCAGCCUCGCCUGCCGAAGAUGAUUAUCGCAUUCUCCGCCACGAGCAGCGCGCAAUCUAUGCCGUCGCUGCUGCCGGAAUCGCACGAGCCUUCGCUCGAGGUGGCGCCGGAGUUGGUCUCCGAUCGGGGCGAUUGUUUCAUGGUUAAAAUUCGGAUCGGAGAGUUGAUUGAGAGAUGGAAUGGUGUUUAAUUCAGAUCGUUAUAUUUUAAUACGAAGCGGAGUAUAUAACAGGUAAGCCAACUAGUA